AUGGUUCUUUUUAUUUCAUUCUUAAUUGGGAUACAGAUAGUUCAUACGUUGGCUGCCUCGACAGCUCCUUCCUUUGUUUACCCAUCAUGCAAUUCUUUGGUGGUAAAGGCUGCUGCAGAAGCAGCCCUUAACAAAAUCAAUUCAAAUCGGAAACAAGGCUACUUUCUUGGCCUCCAGCGUAUUUUUGAUGUCCAUGAACUACCCCAGAAAAAUGGCGAUUCUCUUUUCUACCUCAUCUUGGAUGUGUUAGAAACCGAAUGCCACAUCCAGAGCGGGAAAAAGUGGAAAGAAUGCAAGUUUAGAAGUGAACAGGGAACAUUCUAUGGCCAAUGCAAAGCAGUAAUUCAGUACAAUGGGAAGUCAAAGAGUUCAUUCGUGUACAGACAUAGCUGCAGUUUACGCUCUUUUUCUGGUUCUGUUAUUACGCGUCUUUGCUCCGACUGUCCACGGCAUGGAAAUCCUUCUGAAGACAGUUUUCAGGAGAUCGCAAAAGAGACCCUGGCCAAAUUCAAUGCUGAAAAUAACCACUAUCAUUAUUUUGGCCUUGUCAGUGUCACCAAAGCAAAGUUUCAGUGGGUUGUUGGUCCUUCCUACUAUGUGGAAUAUACCAUCCAGGAGACGUCCUGUCGCAAAAGUCCACCUGUGUCUGACAUCACUCAAUGCCCUCUCCUCCCAACUGAAACUGCAGAGAGAGGCCUAUGCAAAGGCUCUGUGAUAAACAAAGGGAUGAAAUUUCAGGAAACUGUCAAAGUAAAAUGUGAUUUCUUCUUGCGUCCGAAACGCCAGUCUCCUUACUCUGUCAGGCAAGUCAUGCAAAUUCUUCCUCCCUUCCCCAAAGGGUUUUCAGGAUCAUCUAAAUGCCCAGGAGAUGUUGCAAUAAAUGUCUAUGGCCUUCAACUCCCCUCCCCUCCAAAGACUAAUCCGCUUGAACAAA